AUGGUUGAAAAACGGAGAGAUACUAAAGGGACAUUCAACUCACAAGACAAUGCCAUGGUUGAAAAACGGAAAGAGAAAGAGAAAGAUACUAAAGGGACAUUAAACUCACAAGACAAUGCCAUAGUUGAAAAACGGAAAAAGAAAGAUACGAAAGGAACAUUCAACUCACAAGACAAUGCCAUGGUUGAAAAACGGAAAGAGAAAGAUACGAAAGGGACAUUCAACUCACAAGACAAUGCCAUGGUCGAAAAACGGAAAGAGAAAGAUACGAAAGGAACAUUCAACUCACAAGACAAUGCCAUGGUUGAAAAACGGAAAGAGAAAGAUACGAAAGGGACAUUCAACUCACAAGACAAUGCCAUGUUUGAAAAACGGAAAGAGAAAGAUACGAAAGGGACAUUCAUCUCACAAGACAAUGCCAUGGUUGAAAAACGAAAGAGAAAGAAAAAGAUACUAAAGGGACAUUCAUCUCACAAGACAAUGACAUGGUUGAAAACGGAAAGGCGAAAGGUAGUGCACAACCCACAACAAAGAAAACAAGAACCAAACUAA